AUGCUGCAGAUCGAGUCAGAGCCCUUGCUGCGCUCCAGCUUGUCUCGUCUGUCGUACGCUUCCUUCUCUCGGCUCCUGGACGUUGUGAGCAGUGACCCCUGUGUGUGUGAGACCCCCGUCCCGGUCCCCAGCCCCACCCUGCAGCGCAUCGCUGUCUCCAUGGAGGUGUCCCGCCGCAUCGUCACGGCAACCGGGGCCCAGCGCAUGCAGGGAUUCGCCGAGCGCUACAUGGAGAACUUUGCCCCCUGGGUCAAACGCCAGGGUGGAUGGAAGAGCGUGGAUCGUCCGGAGGGUCCUGUCCCGCAGCCUCCUGUCCCGCAGCCUCCCCCAAAACCCGUCCAGCGUCUCCCACAGAAGCCAACACUGGUACAAGGAUUGGGAGUGGCCGCGACCACAGCGAGCUUUCAGACGGUUCUCCCCAACGGGACUCUCUGCUCCAUGUCUGGGUCCGGUCUACCACAGUCCAAGUCUGUCCCUGGGUAA